UGACCUCUGUUAGUUGUACGCUGAAAGACAGAUAGAAAUGGUGCCUCCUGUGCAGGUUUCUCCUCUUAUUAAGACGGCCAGGUACUCGGCUCUGCUUGUGGGGAUCAUCUACGGUAAAAAGCGUUAUGAUUACCUGAAGCCUGUAGCAGCAGAGGAGAGGAGGAUCGAGGAGGAGGAGAAGAAAGUGAGGGAGGAACAGGAACGCAUAGCUAAACAGCUGGCUGAGGCAAACGAAGACACGAUCUUGAAGUGAGCGCUCUGGAGUGUGUGCUGUGUUUAUGGACCCGUUCUUGGGGUCUCGCCGUUCUUCUCUUCAUCACACACCUUCCUCUACAUCACUUCCUGCUGUUUUACAAUGAAUAAGUUUUGUGUAUUAGUAAAAUCACGUCACAAUCCA